UGAUGUCAUGUCAGCACUGUCCAGUUCCCCGGCUUAAAGCACCAGCGGCUCGCUGCCUUAACCCCGACCCACCCACAGAUCCCGAAUCUUGCAAACUUUGUAGUUCUUGUAGUAGAAGGUGGGCAUCAUGAUGUGGACAAGUGGCACAGUUCUGCACGUUAGGUAUCUUAUGUGGCUUCUUCUCCUGUAUGUAUUCACCAAGAAGGUAAUGCCUGAAGAAAACAUCAUUACAACAAGGAAAGGCAGAGUCAGAGGGACAAGCUUGCAGGUACUAGGGGGAACUGUGACAGCCUUCCUUGGAAUACCUUAUGGACAGCCACCCAUUGGUCAACUGAGAUUCCAAAAGCCAGAGCCUUGUGAGGAGUGGACAGGCAUUUGGGAUGCCACAAAGCAUGCAAACUCUUGUUACCAGGUUAUAGACACAACGUUCCCAGGAUUUGCUGGAUCAGAGAUGUGGAAUCCAAAAACAAACCUAAGUGAAGACUGUUUAUACCUUAAUGUAUGGAUUCCUUCUCCCAAGCCCAAGAAUGCAACAGUCAUGGUCUGGAUAUAUGGCGGUGGCUUUGAGUCUGGGUCGACUUCCCUACCUGUCUACGAUGGCAAAUUUCUGGCCAGGGUUGAAAGAGUCAUUGUAGUUUCCAUGAACUACAGGACUGGUGCAUUAGGAUUUCUUGCUUUGCCAGGAAACCAGGAAGCUCCUGGAAAUGCAGGUUUAUUCGAUCAAAGAUUGGCACUUCAGUGGGUCCAGGAGAACAUAGCAGCCUUUGGAGGCAAUCCCAAAAGUGUGACCAUAUUUGGAGAGAGUGCUGGCUCUGCUUCUGUCAGUUACCACAUCCUGUCUCCCCAGAGCCAUCCUUUAUUCACCAGAGCCAUCAUGCAAAGUGGAUCUGCAAAUGCCCCUUGGGCUGCAAUAACAGCAGCUGAAGCCAGAAACCGAACAGUGGCUUUAGCUAAAAAAUUGCAGUGUCCCACCGUCGACGAGGCAGAGCUGAUUCUCUGCCUCCGAGACAAGGACCCAAAGGAUAUCCUGGAGAAUGAAGUUUUUGCUGUAGCACAUGACCCUCUGCUGCGUGUAUAUUUCUGUCCCACUGUGGAUGGGGAUUUUCUCUCAGACAUGCCGACAGCACUGAUUGAGAGCGGCCUCUUCAAACCAACACAGAUCUUAGUCGGUGUCAAUAAAGAUGAAGGAUCAGCAUUUCUAGCAUAUGGAGUCCCUGGCUUCAGCAAAGAUAAUGAUAGCCUGAUCAAUAAAACUGAAUUCAAAACAGCUUUAACUCUGUCCUUCCCAGAGGCCAGCCAGCUGGCAAUAGAAGCAAUCAUUUUUCAGUACACAGACUGGGAAAAUGAGCAAAAGCCAGAACAUUACCGAGACGCAAUGGACGAUGUUGUCGGUGACUACAACAUAAUAUGUCCUGUAGUGGAAUUCACUACAAGAUUUGCACAACGAGGGCACAAUGCCUUCUUUUAUUUCUUUGAACACAGAUCAUCAAAGCUACCUUGGCCAGAGUGGAUGGGAGUGAUGCAUGGUUAUGAGAUCGAGUUUGUGUUCGGACUGCCCCUAGAGAGGAGAGUGAAUUAUACCAAAGCUGAAGAAGUCCUAAGCCGGACCAUGCUGAGGCACUGGGCCACUUUUGCAAAGACUGGAGCUCCAAACGGGACCCUGAUUAAAGGAGGACGCUGGCCAGCCUUCAGCAGCAGUCAGCAGCAGUACCUGACCCUGAACACCAGCGCUCCAGAGCUGCUGACAAAGUUACGUGCUCAGUACUGUCGCUUCUGGAAUAUUUUUUUCCCCAAAAUCCUGGAAUGGACAGGAAAUAUUGAUGAAGCAGAACGGGAGUGGAAAGCAGGAUUCCAUCGCUGGAACAAUUACAUGUCAGACUGGAAAAAUCAAUUUAAUGAUUACACCAGCAAGAAAGAGAGAUGUGCAGGCUCUAAUUAAUAUGUUUACCCUUUCCAGUAUGUCUGUAUUACUGCUCAUCAGGCAAAUCCACAAGUAGCUUUCUAACACAUCUAGCAUUAAAUAUGUUAUGCAGAUUAAAAGAGUUUUAUGAUAUCGUUUUGAUUCCCCAGACCCUUGAUUUAGAUUUCACCUCAUAUCUCAAUAAACAAUAUCAGGCACCGCAGUGUUUGAAGCUUCGCCGUGCUAGAUAGGACUACAGAGAUUAAAGCCUGAAGAUUAAUGAUGUACAUAUUAUUAUAAACACUGGCUGCUGCAAUUCACACUUCAAAGCAACAAUGUAAUCUGCCACAGAAAAGUGGAUUUCUGGUUAAUAGGAAUAGCAGUGUUUUACAGGGCUGCCAUGCAAAACACAAUUGGCUUUGAUCUUUAGCUGCGAUGCCACCGCACUUAAACCUUGCUUCAGACAUCAUUUCAUUGACAUAAACAUAAAGAGAUAAUAACUUUGCUGGACAUAGCAAAUGAUAUUUGCUUGUUAGACCAAAAAGUUUUAAGACUGCCAUUAAAACCCCAGAUCAUUGCUUCUUUAUGGCCAAACCUGUGGCACAAUCUAUUGUAGGAGACUAUUCAAACUGGGUAUUGAAGGCCUAAAUCAUUGACAC